AUGCCACAUAUUGUUAGCAUCUCAGCCAAAACAUUAGAACUAAUUCGAUGGACAAAAGAAGAAAGCGGUUCAUGUCAAUUUAAAUUACUAUCGUCGUGCCGUGAAACACCAGCAAUCCAAAAAAAUUGGCAGAAGACAUGCUUAUUCGAGAUAAUUACCGACGCAAACUUGACGUUAUGUCGCAUUGAACUUGAACCGGAACCAAUAUUUAUACAACGAAUUGGCCAACAAUGGGCAAUAUCGACAAUAAAUGAAACAAAGUGUCACCGGGUCCCACAAUUAGAGCACGAACAACAUGCUAUAACAACGAACAAUGAAAUAACCAUUCCUCCAAUCUCAUUGAUCACCAUCGAUAAAUCAACAACAUGGAGCUGUGAUCACUUCCUUUUACCAAGUAUAACAAAUGGCACGGAUAAACGGAUUACAAUCAUUGAUGACAGAAAAUUAAAUUACGAUGAUUCGAACUUAAUCAAUCUACACCAAACAAUGAACAAUAAUACACGAUGGGAAAAAAUCCCGUACAUUCCGGGAGAUAUAAAGAAUAUGUUCGAAUAUAUGAUAGCAACAACAACAACACCAACACCAACGCCGAUACAAUCAACAACAUCAUUCUAUCAACAUGGAUUAUCAAUAGCUAUAGGUAUAGUAGGUGUAACAACUAUCACCUCAAUAGUUCUAUACCUGAAGCUACGAGGCAAAGUGAGCAAGGCAUCAACAACUAAGAUAAUUACGAUGCCACCAAUAUGA